UUGACGUACGCACCGAGCCACCGAGGCACACAGACGUGCCGCCUCCCCUGUCUUCUCCCAAGUCCCAAUUCACGAGGGGAAAAAAAAAAGAGGAAGAAGAAAACAAUCCCACCGCUUUGCUUCAGAUCACCCGCACCGCACGUCUCCUCCCCACCCACCGGCCACCGGAAUAGGAACAAUCAAGCCAGAUUCAGCUCGUGAUUGCAAGUAUGCGAUGACGACGCCGUGCCCGGGCGCCGCGGCCGUGCGCGUCCAGUGGACGGCGCGCUCCCUGGCGGGGGCGUUUCUCGACCUCACGCUCGCCUGGGCCUGCCUCUGCCUCGCCGCGCUCGCCGCCGCCGCGGCCCGCUUCCUCGCGUUGCUUGGCCUCCCGCUCCCCUGCACCUGCGCACGCCCUCACCUGCCUUGUAUCCUCGCCUUUCUGGCGUGCUACCCGUCCCGCGCCGUCGGGUCCCUCCACGCCGCCCUCCGCGCCCGCUUCCCCUUCGCCGGCCCCACCGACGACGAGGACCGCCGUCAGGAGGGGGCGGAGGAAGAUGGGGAGGAGCAGGCCGUCGACGCGCGGGAGGAGGAAGCGGAUCUUCGUCGCCGCGAGGAGGCGCGCGCCGAGCUGCAGCGGGAGCUCGAGAAAGAGCGCAGCGCCGCGGCGUCGGCGGCCGAGGAGGCCAUGUCCAUGAUCCUGCGCCUGCAGAAGGAGAAGUCGGCGCUUGAGAUCGAGGCGCGACAGCAGCGCCGCACCGCUGACGAGCGCUGCGCCUUCUACGAGGACGAGGUCGAGGAGCUCCGGGACAUCGUGCUCGUGCGGGAGCGCGAGGCGCGCGCGCUGCGCAAGGAGGUGGACGCCUACCGACGCCUGCUCGGGCUUGGCCCUGCCGAGGAUGACGAGGAGGAGGAUGACGAGCAGGAGAUGGUCACACCGCAUAGUUUCCUCAUGUCCGAAGGAGAGCCCAGCUCGUCCAGAUCGGUCGAUGCGAAUCGGAUGCAGCAUUUUCGGAAUAAUUCUUCUGGGUUCAGCUUCAAGACGCCAUCACUGCGUGAGCAACUAAUUGUGCCGCCUCUUACUGCGGAUCGGAUCAAUGUGGGAAGCGAUGAUAGUGUUGCUGUUCAGACGCCAGCCAAAGUUCCCACACCUCAAUCAAGGCUGGAGCUAGAUAGCUCUGAGGACGAGGAUGAGGAUGAUGGAGCAGAGACGGUGGAAAUCCUCCCCCUGUCCGCCCGGAGCCAAGAUUUGGAUCAAGGUGGCGAUUUCCACGUUGAUGCUGCACCAGGUAUGGAAUCUACUUGUGCCAAGGAUACUUGCACCAAGGAACAGACAGCUCAUGCAUUUCAGGAAGUCGAGUGUCCGGGUAUAGACAAGAUUGUCAACAAUGACCAGACAGCAAGUAAGAAUGAUGCCAAUGUCUAUGAUGUGCAUGUGGUCGAUGACAUACGCUUCUCAACAGAGGUCAAGGGCCUGAUUGGCCGAAGCUUCUCAGAGGCAACAAUGCAGGCAGAGAGAUUACAGACUCGAGCUGCUGCAGAUGAUCUCCUUGGGAAGAGUCUGAAUGCCAUUAAAGGUGCACAGGACAAGAUAAGGCAUGCAGCAAAUGAAAGGAGGCAGUCAUUACAGUUGCAACUCUUAGAGGACAUAGCUAAUCAGCUUCAGGGAAUCAAGGAUGCUGCAGAAGCAGGGAGACAAGUGUACUGUGCUACUCCUAAAAGCUCCAAGAGGAGCUAGGGAGUUGUAUUACGCCACUAAUGCUGUAAUGCAUGUUGGCGUCGUACAUAAGUUGUUUUUGGGUUUGUAGACUAGGUCUGUUGAUUUGUUGGUUCAACAAGUUUGCUGCUUCCUUUUUAAAUAAGUACGUAUUGGCUAUUGCUCUGUACAUGUAUAUAUAUAAACAACACGGGAUUCGUCCCAUUGUUUGUUAUCCUGU